CCCCGCGGGCCGCAGCGCCAAUGCGGGCGCAGCCGCGGCGGCGCCGCCCAGGCGGGCGGGCCCGUGGAGCGGUUCCGGGGCGCGCGGCGCCGGCCCGGGAUGAGCUCGGAGCGGGGGAACGUGUCGCGCACGCGGCCCCAGCGCCACCAGAACGCGCGCGCCUUCCAGAACGACAAGUACGACACCAGCGCCCGGCGCAAGAAAAUAAAUGCUAAGCUUCAUGAUGGAGUGUGUCAGCAUUGCAAAGGGGUCUUGGAGUGGCGAGUAAAAUUCAGAAAGUAUAAACUACUGACAAAACCUAAAAAAUGUGUGAAGUGCCUCCAGAAGACUGUAAAAGAUCCUUAUCAUAUUAUUUGUCGACCAUGUGCUGGUAAACUAGAAAUCUGUGCUAAGUGUGGGAAACAAGAAGAAAUAGUAAUUCCGAUUGAUAAAGGACAAGACAGAACUGAGAGUGAGACUUCUAAAAAUGACCAAGAGAGCAGUAAAUUGAAGGAUGAGCUGGAUUUUGAUACAAAUGUCAGUGGUGCAGACAGUGAUGGAGAUUCUGAUGUGCUUGAAGAACGAUUUAAAAGUAUGAAUUUUGAAACAACAGAGAUCUAAAAGGUUGUGUUUAUGCUAGAGAUUAUAUGCAAUCAAAUAUGGUAAACCAAUGCUUGCCUUAAAGUGCUCCAAACCCUGAUUUGACAUCUAAGGUCCUUUUAUGUAAAUGUUGGCAUUGUGUAUAAUGAUACAUGUGGGGAUUUGUACUAAUACACAUUUUUGUGUAUUAGGAACAGAAUUUCUUUGAAAAUACUCAGAAAUUCUAUCUGUAAGCAAAGUUAUUUAUGUAACAACUUCCUGUUUUUAUGGAAUAAAGCCUCUUUGUGUAAUUGUUUGAAGUAUUAUGUGACUUUUGGAGGUAUUAUUGCUACCUGGAAAUCUACUUGAAAGUCUAGAAUAAACAGAGAUAGGAAGAGCUAAAGCAGCUGUAAUGGUUUUCUGAAGGAAAAACUUGCAGCAUUCUGUCAAUGAGUUUCCAAAUGGGGUCUUAUCCUUGUGUCUGUGGGUUUUUGUUAAUUUCUUUUUUCCCUGUGAAAAAGAAACAAGUGCAUAAAUACCAUUACCAGUACAGUUAAUGAACAAUUAAAGCUUAUUUACUAUGUAUAAGUGUGCAUUACAGAUUUAUGACCUUGUUGCUACCAAUGUUUUGUAAAGAAACAACAUGCAGACUUUAGAAUUUCUCAUAACUGGUCUCACACUUUGUUUUCCUUUUCAGAAUUCAGAGAUUGAUCUGGAUCUAAUGUAGUUUUCUCUGAUAUGAACAGACUUGCUUAGUGGUGUGAUGCUUAUAGAAUUACUCCUUUCCCAGUUUCUAUUCCAGUGUUGGUUAAACUGUACAAAGAACUUAA